CGAAUAAUUUUACAAUAAAAUACAAUUAUCAAUAGAACAAAUUAACAAAAAUUGACAAACUACUAUCGUAAAUCCAUAUUAUCAGGUUCUUGUUUACACAAUCUCGAAGCGUCCUAUCUCAGUGAGCGAAACCACUUUGCAUUCUGUGAUUUAGAAUACGAAUUACAAUCGACGAAUAAUUUGAAUAACAAUGAAAGUGUAUUUAGAAUAGCUGGGAGUAGGUGAAGUGUGAACAGUUUCAGACGCAUCAGACGUUGCAAAAUACGACCAUGGGGGAUAAUGGACCGUUCGUGGCUAAGCCGGCUAGGGGUUGGCUUCAUCCCGACUCUGUGUUAGCCAGCGACGGUGUCACUUACGCCGUUCGGUACAUUGGCUGCAUGGAGGUGCUUACAUCUAUGAAACAGUUGGAUUUUGAAACCAGGUCCCAAGUAGCAAAAGAAUGUAUAGCAAGGGUGUGUGCUGCAGCUGGUUUGAGGUCAGCCGACAAGAAGCGCAGAGUGUGCCAAGCUGCAGCCUGUGCACUGGCCGCUAGACCUAGGAUGGCACAUUCGGGAUCAAAUGUAGCACUGACAGUGUCAUCCCGAGCUAUCACACUAGCAGCAUUGGAAGGUGGUGAGAGUAUUGCCCGACAUGAUAUGCCAAGAGUGUCGUUUGCUUCAGGAGGUGAUCAGGACUCUUUGGAUUUUGUGGCAUAUGUGGCGAAAUCCAUACCACCAGCAGAAUGGAGGGCUUGCUAUGUUCUAGAAUGUGGCGGACGACUGGCCCAAGAUGUGAUUGCCACAAUCGGUCAAGCAUUUGAACUCCGCUUCAAAGAGUUUCUCACAAAACCAAACUCCUUGAACAUGAACGGGCGCAGCAACGGUGUGAGCGAAAUAGCACUAGAGGAUAGAGAGUACUACAACGACAUGCCGGACAAGAUCCCCCCGCCCGCGCCCCCCGGGUCGCACCGACACCCGCCGCCGCCCCUUCCGCAUCUACCGCCGCUGACGUCUUCGUGCGAGGAGAGCGUCCGUCACUACGUGAAUCAGACCCCGCCCCCGCGCACGCCCCCUACCGCCCUCCUGCCACAACAUCACACUGACAUAUUCGACAUGCAACCAUUCACCGCCGCACCUUCGUCGAUCGCAUCAACAUCCGGCGCGGCGUCGGGGGGCGCGGGUGCCGGCGACCCCGAGCCGCUCGCGCCGGCGGUGCAGGCGGCGCUGCUGGCGCGGGAGCCCUGGUUCCACGGCGCCAUAUCCAGGACCGCCGCUGAGAGGCUGGUGAGCGCGGACGGGGAGUUCCUGGUGCGCGAGUCGGGCGCGUGCGCCGGCCAGUUCGUGCUGACGGGUGCGCGCCGCGGACAACACAAACACCUGCUGCUCGUCGACCCCAACGGCGUGGUGCGAACAAAAGACCGUGUUUUCGAGAGUGUCUCCCACCUCAUCAAGUAUCACUGCUCCAACGAGCUGCCCAUCGUGUCAGCUGACUCCGCCCUGCUGCUACGGACCCCCGUGCCCCGCCAGACACCCUGAGCUUGGAGUACAGAACAGAUGAACAGCAUAAUAACCUUUUGAAUUUUUGAAUUUGGCGGGCAGCGGGGCGGGAGCGGCGCGUUCCAAUGUAUAGAUUUAUAUGGACCGGUUCUCGAAAACAGCGGCUCGCGGCGUACUAGAACG